GUCCCAGUGGCAACAAGCCGAGCCUAUGGAGCCGGAAGGCAACGGCACCUACACCUAUGUGGUGGUCUUGGGCGAGACAAGGUUUGAGCAGUUCCAGAUCUGGCUUGAUGGUGAGUCUCACCGGGUCCUGCAUCCUGGCCACGCUAAGGGGUUCAAGGACACCACCGUGUUUGGUCCAGACUCCAUGGGACAUGGCUGCAACUGGGUCAUCGACGGCCGCCAGGAGCUGCCAGCG